CGUAUUCCGAUCGAAGUCUAGGUUACAGGGUUCACAUCAAGUAUUUAAGUAUCCAAUACGUACCAAGGACUAACUCUACCCUGUCAAAGGGCUCUUAGUGAGUAAGACCCUGUCGUCAGAACCACCUUUGACCGCUUACGGAACGGCUGGAGGCUUCUGCUUCCCAUGCAAGAAGGGACACCAGUAGACCAGUGCCAGUUACACUCCGAUACAUGGUUGUCAGGCCCUCAUCUCUGCGAGGAGAUGGCCCUACCAAUGCUGAUUGUCGGUAUUCUUCAACUGACACUUCUCCAGAAAGCAGGAUCGCAGGACUUCCCAGACAAGAUCCGAGUGUUCUCGAUGCAGCUGGACAUGUGGGCGCCUCCCAGAGAUGACGUCCUCAUCAGAUAUAAUCUAACGAAUCAUUUCAAGCCGGGCGACGUGUCAGAGUUUCCAGAGGUGACGGUUUGCAUCCGAGCCAAACCGGUGGUAUUGAUGAGCUAUGAGAGCCACAUAUCCAUCGCAACAUCUGAUCAAGAUAAUGAUGUGCUUCACAUGUACCGUCGAGGGAUGAAUCAUGGUUUUUACUACAACGGCGUUCGUCAGUAUGGUUUUAUUAACAUGACCAACGACAUAGGACUUCAUGAGUGGACCCACUAUUGUCACAACUUUCACCACGGGGAAUACAGGGCUUACAUUUACGGAGAAUUAGCUGCCAAAGGUCCAUUCAGUGUGCCACAUAAGGUUCCUCUCCCAGUCAAGGGCAUCAUCACCAUUGGGCAGGAACAGGACCUCAUGGCUGGUGGCUACGACACAGAUCAGAGCUUCCGUGGAUACAUAGCCCAAGUGAACAUCUGGAACAGAUCUCUGACUGCUGAUGAAGUCAGGAAACAAGCCUCUUGCACUAGGGCAGAACUGGGAAACAUCUUUUCAACCGACAGGGAGGAUGUAGAGCUCUUGGGAGGUACCACGAUGCAAUUGGUAGAUCCCAGUUAUUUCUGUGAAAAGAACGUGGAAUAUGUCAUCUUCCCCGAGGCUCGCUACAUGGCUGAGUCCAGACGAACUUGUAAUCGAAUUGGGUAUGAGGUUUAUACCCCAAAUAACUUUGAUGAAAAUGCCCAGCUGCACAACGAAUCAUUACGCUUUGCGGAAAAUUGUCUCUCAAACUACCAUUUGUGGAUUGGAGUAACAGACGAAGAGGUAGAGGAUGUCUGGAGGAAAUUCACCGACAAUUCGAUUGCACAAACUCAGUUUGAGCUGAACGAACCCAAUGGAGGCGAUGGUGAGAACUGCAUGUUGAUGUUCCUCCCAAAUGGACGGUGGGUAGACACGUCAUGCGUGAUUCAGUGGCCAGCCUGCGUCCCAUGCGAGGUAAAUCGUAAGGCCCCUCUUCGACUCAGAGGAUUUUGUUUCACAAACGAAGCUGAAACCUUUUAUGAGGUACUCGCUUACAGGUAUGAGAAGCCUUACCUUCAUGGUUAUUAUGGGUACAUGGUAUACAAAAUAGACGAUUACACCUGGGAAAUGUUUGACACAACUGUGGCCGAGGUCGUUGGAAUCCUGAAAGUCCCAUCAAAGGACACAUACCCAAUUGGACGACACACCUGGGAGCUCAGGAGAUCUGAAUGCAACAAUCUCAUAGGCUCAAGAUUACAGUUGAGUUUUUCCAUAUGCAACAACAACGAAUUCACCUGCUCCAAUGGUGACUGCAUUCCGAAAGAAAAGAGAUGCAACGCCAAAGACGACUGUGUUGACCUCUCGGAUGAAGAAGACUGCCAGGUGAUCAUUCAUCCGAAAGGCUACCGCAGGGAACGGCCCCCUGACAACAUCACCCACGAUGGCCAACCAGUUCACUUAAGUGCCGUGGUGAACGUCCUUCGCUUUAUGGAAAUCAACGACAAGAGCCGAAUCAUUAACGUUGAGUUCACGGUCGACCUUUCGUGGAAUGACCCAAGAGUCAAAUACCACAACCUUGGCGACACGCUCGAGUGGAACAAGCUCUCGGAGACCUACAGGGACAGCAUCUGGAAACCCGUACUGACUUUCCCGAAUGUGUAUGAUGGACAGAUCAAGAAACUCGCUUUUGAUAUGUAUCUCGACAAGUUGGCUGACCCGCUGCCCCCUGAUUACAACAACGUGCGAAUGGACACCGCAUAUGCCGGUACUUCAGCUGACAUUGUUCAAAAGGAACAUUACAGCGGCGUCUUCGGGUGUUCGUUUGACGUGGUCUACUACCCAUUCGACUCACAGCGAUGUUUCCUGCUCCUGCAGCUGAGCACCAGGAGAGAGCUCAUCAAAUUCCACCCGCAGAGAACACGUGUCCUGUACCUGGAAGACCCGAAGUUGCCUGCCUACCUGCUCAGCCGUUACCAGAUCGACGUCAUCGUCGGAGGCAACAACGAGACCCAGUACAGUUCCCUGAAGGUCACCUUCGAGCUGACUCGUCGAUGGCGAAUGAUUAUCUUGACUGUCUACCUGCCGACGACUAUGCUGCAGAUCAUCGGAUAUACGACUCUGUUCGUCAACGUUGUUUUAAUGGACGUGCGAAUGGGGGUGAGUCUGACGACCCUACUCGUGCUCUACACCCUCUUCAGCAGCACUUCCGACGCCCUCCCAGUCACGGCCUACGUCAAGCUAAUCGACGUGUGGUUCUUCUUCUGCAUCUUCUUUAUGUUCUUCAUCAUAGUCGUGCAUGUCGUGGUGGAACACAUGGUGAAUCUGGCGGAGGAGAAGCAAUACAAACAAGUGUUGCCCUUCGACUACAGACGAACGGUCGAGAAAAGCGUUCGCCCCACUUCGGAAUCGGCCGAAAAGCUGAUGUACUACGCUCGGUACGUCAUCACGCCCGGUGUCAUCUUAUUCUUCAACUUCAUCUACUGGGGUCUGGUGUUCGGAACUUCCUUCAAAGAGUAAGAUCAAGAUGUCUACAGCUGAAUGUUCUUGUCUAAGAAUGACAAUCUGUUUCCGGCGUGGGAAGAAUAUAAGAAGAGCGAAGCAGUUUACUACCCGAGACGUUAUAGCUCGCCAUGUAUCAUGCCAAAUAAAUAAACGCAAUCUACCAGCAUAACAUCUUAUUUUGUGAUAUGCUGGUAAAUUCAGCAAUGGAUCCUGGUUCCAUUGUUAUCACCUGGGAAUUGAAAUGAAAACUGAGGGCAUCCCUAGUACAGGUGCUGUCUCAAAAUCAUGCAUAUAAGCCCCUGUUGGUCGCUAACCAUAUUUUCUAAUUUGAAAUUAACUUACCUUUUUUGACAAGGGGAUAAGGACACAUUGGAAAUGGUAGCAAUGUUUAUGAAAUUUGCAUCUUUUGAUUUACUCUUUCCAAAAUAUGACACUGUCUUGCUCAUUAUCUAAGCAUCCAGAAAAUUCAUUAUGCAACACACAUUUAAACACACUUUGACCAGUGAAACAUCCUCUAACAUCAGUUUCUUUAUAUAUAUUCAAUAUAGCACAAUGGAGCUUUCAGUGGGACAGCCCUUAAGAGUUAAAUGCGUUUUUUUAGAAUCUCAAUAAGUAAUUAAACUGAAUACAGCUUCGGUUAAAAAAACAAAUUUUACAUUGAUGCUUUGAAGUAUCAGUCAGAAUUUGACAGUAACAACUAAUUUUGUCGCCGGGCAAAUUUUUACUUUAAACCAUCCAUAGUGAUUGCAUUCUAGAGUUGUAAACAUUUGUUUCUUACGUUUUAGCCUAAUGCAUGCUUCAAACAUUUCUGAUCUUCAUUUCGGUAGCAAAUAUAGGGCCUAUCCUACAAUUAUUGGGGGCCACAGUGGGGAAAUAUGAGAAUUUUGGUUGGAGAAAACACAAAAUGAGUGAAAUAUAAAUGUGUAUUUCAACUAACUUCAUCUAAGUCUCUGGUUCCUUCCCAGGCCCGCAAGAGGUGGGGGUCGGGGUUAUUUUGUCUAACCUAACCUAGGGCACUAUAAAUCAAAAUGGUAUUUCUAAGUGACUACUCCGCGCGGACUGCAAGAAACUGUUCCACGAAUACGGAAGCUACCAGGGAUCGGGGGUCAAAAUAUUUUGCCAUGUUUAGUACUAAGCCCCCGGGGGUGGGGUGGGCGGGGUUAAAUAGUGGACCGACAAAAAAUAACAGUAAAUUCUUAUUUAAAAUACCAAAUUACUAUAAAAAAAAUGUCAAUUUCCAAGGAAUUACCUGUGGGGAAUUAUCACACCCAUGAACAACCCCUCUAACAUAGGCCUUGAGAAACAUCACAAGAUCGUUUCUAAAUUAGUGUGUAUGUUGCUUGGAAUAAUUCCAUCUUCCUCACCUUGAUCAAAAUGAGAACUGCAUAAGUCGGCAAUAAGGGAAUCGUAAAAUACAACCUUGUAUUUCACUCUUUUUACCAUUUUUCUACAACCAAAAUUCUCGGUGUCUCACUGUGAUUGCCCAUACGAUAUAGCUAGGUAAUGUUCCAAUAUCUAAAUUAGCCAAUGGUUACCAAACUGACAACAAAAAGCUUUGGAGAAUCACAAGAAAACAUCAGACAUUCAUAGACUAAUUUCCACUCCAGAAAACGGUAGAUCUAUAUUACUAUUCCGCGGCGGUCUAGACUAUGGCAGUUGCGGUUUUUCUAUGCAGUUUUACCUCCUGAGCAAGAAUUUUAAGUAAUAUUUAUUCGGACGACUGUAAUUAACCCCCAGGGGCUCGUACUAAACACGACGAAAUACAUUUGACGCCCCAAUUCCUGGUGGCUUUCGUAUUCGCGGGGACGAACGAUGCGGAAUGCUUAUAUAUAGAAAUACCCUCGGUUUCCCCCCACACCGUUCUUCUAUAAUUGUGGGAUAUGAAACGUUCCAGUAUCAACACCACAAAUUCACUAUCAGAAUGAACGCCAAAUUCUUAGCUCCACUGAGUUCACUGUACUACAUCUGGCGACAGCCAAAACAACUAAAAACGUUAUUGAAAGCUUUCAUUACACGGAAGAUAACU